CGCCGAGCCAGGUCUGCCGCGCAGCGCGGGCGGGGCCCGCCCCAGGACCAGUCCCGCUGCCGCCGCCGCCGCGAGCCCGGACCUGCCCGCCCGACCUGGCGGCGCAGUCUCGCGGGAUCGCUCAGCUCUCGCUCCCGGUGCGGCUCCCCCUGCGCUUCAAGCCCUGACGCUCGCGGGAGUCGUGUGGGGUCGUGGGGGCCCGUGGACUGGACGGGGACCGGGAGGGAGCGAGGCCUUCGACCGCCGUCUGAGUAAUUGACCCAGAACUCAUUUUCAGGAAACCUUCAAAAUGGUAAAAUAAUGAGAUGAGGAAUUUGAACGUUUUUGCCUGUGGAUGGGAAUCUCCUGAGCAUGCCAAGCUCAGUUAAACCGAGAUCCAUGGUGAUGUCACGGAUUUGAAGAAAAUGGAAACAUUUGCAUUUUUGUUGAUAUGUGUGUGUCUACCCCUGGUAAGGGGGCACAGUCUCUUCACUUGUGAACCCAUUACGGUUCCCAGGUGUAUGAAAAUGACCUACAACAUGACAUUUUUCCCCAAUCUGAUGGGUCAUUAUGACCAAGAAAUUGCUGCUGUGGAAAUGAAGCAUUUUCUUCCUCUUGCAAAUCUGAAAUGUUCCCCAAAUGUUGAAACUUUUCUUUGCAAAGCUUUUAUACCUACCUGUACAGAACAAAUCCAUGUGAUUCCACCUUGUCGUAAAUUUUGUGAGAAAGUAUAUUCGGAUUGCAGAAAAUUAAUUGACACUUUUGGGAUCCGAUGGCCUGAGGAACUUGAGUGUAACAGAUUACAGUACUGCGAUGAGAAUGUUCCUGUAACUUUUGAUCCACACACAGAGUUUCUUGGUCCUCAAAAGAAAACAGAACAAGUUCAAAGAGACAUUGGCUUUUGGUGUCCAAGGCAUCUUAAGACUUCUGGGGGACAAGGAUACAAGUUUCUGGGAAUUGACCAGUGUGCACCUCCAUGCCCCAACAUGUAUUUUAAAAGUGAUGAGCUGGAGUUUGCAAAAAGUUUCAUUGGAAUAGUUUCUAUAUUUUGUCUCUGUGCAACUCUGUUCACAUUCCUUACUUUUUUAAUUGAUGUCAAGAGAUUCAGAUACCCAGAGAGACCAAUUAUUUAUUAUUCUGUCUGUUACAGCAUUGUAUCUCUUAUGUACUUCAUUGGUUUUCUGCUAGGCAAUAACACAGCCUGCAACAAGGCAGAUGAGAAGCUAGAACUCGGUGACACAGUUGUCCUCGGCUCCCAAAACAAGGCUUGCACCGUCUUGUUUAUGUUUUUGUAUUUUUUCACAAUGGCUGGCACCGUGUGGUGGGUGAUCUUGACAAUUACUUGGUUCUUGGCAGCAGGAAGAAAAUGGAGUUGCGAAGCCAUUGAACAAAAAGCAGUGUGGUUUCAUGCGGUUGCCUGGGGAGCCCCGGGUUUUCUGACUGUUCUGCUUCUGGCAAUGAACAAAGUUGAAGGAGACAACAUCAGUGGAGUCUGCUUCGUUGGUCUCUAUGACCUGGAUGCGUCCCGCUACUUUGUACUCUUGCCGCUGUGCAUCUGUGUGUUUGUGGGACUGUCGCUUCUUUUAGCUGGCAUUAUUUCCUUGAAUCAUGUGCGACAAGUUAUACAACACGAUGGGCGGAACCAAGAGAAACUGAAGAAAUUUAUGAUUCGCAUUGGGGUCUUCAGUGGCCUGUAUCUCGUGCCACUAGUGACACUUCUUGGCUGUUACGUCUAUGAGCAAGUGAACAGGGUUACCUGGGAGAUCACAUGGGUGUCUGACCACUGCCAUCAGUACCAUAUUCCCUGUCCCUAUCAGGCAAAAACAAAAGCUCGACCAGAAUUGGCCUUAUUUAUGAUAAAAUACCUGAUGACGUUAAUUGUUGGCAUCUCACCUGUCUUCUGGGUUGGAAGCAAAAAGACGUGCACAGAAUGGGCUGGGUUUUUUAAACGAAAUCGCAAGAGAGAUCCAAUCAGUGAAAGUCGAAGAGUGCUCCAGGAGUCGUGUGAAUUUUUCCUAAAGCACAAUUCUAAAGUGAAGCACAAGAAGAAGCACUAUAAGCCAAGUUCACAUAAGCUGAAGGUCAUUUCCAAAUCCAUGGGCACCAGCACAGGAGCUACAGCGAAUCACGGCACUUCUGCAGUGGCCAUCACUGAUCAUGAUUUCUUAGGACAAGAAACAUUAACCGAAGUCCAAACCUCCCCAGAAACCUCAGUGAGAGAGGUGAGAGCAGAUGGAGCAAGCACCCCCAAAGUAAGAGAACAGGACUGUGGGGACCCCAUCUCCGUGGUAGCCACCAGCUCCAAACUCUGUGGGGAACAGGCAGACGGGAAAGGCCUGGCAGGCAGCGGCCGGGAAAGGAGCAAUGUGUCUGAAGGCAUGCAGAGUGAAGGAAGGGUAAGUCCAAAGAGUGACGUCACUGAAACUGGCCCGGGGCCGAGCCAUGGUGUGCAGAUGUCCAGCUCCCCAGACGCAGACAGCCCCAAGGGUUCCACAUCGCUGCUUGUGCGCUCGGCUCCGGCAGUCAGAAAGGAGCAGGGUGCUGGAAAGCCUCCAGACACGUGAUGCACACAUUAGCCCGCUUCCCUGAGGCAAGUUCGUGCUGCACUGGAGAUGUCCAGAGCACCGUCUCACAAGAAUGACUGUCCCCGUGCUUUGGCACUUAGAGCUGGGUUGCUACAGUUUCACACUGGAGAAAAUAGAUCUCAAGGAUAAUAUAGUUCCUUCCCAUCAAGAUUAGUGUAUAACCACACAGCUAGAAACAGAAAUGUGCAGGUUAGUCCUUUCAAAAUCAUGUAGGGGGCGGGAGUUGGAAGAAUCUUCCUUUCCUACUUUUACUGUGGCUGAAAGUGCUUUAGAAUGUACUGUGCUAUUCCACUGUUUUUAUAUAAAUUCAAGAUUUUUCUAUGCUGAAGUGUUUAAAGCUUAUUCUUGUAUCAUAUAUAUAUUUGAAGAUAAGCUUCUAUGUAUUUGAACAUUUUUGGAAAAUCUAUUCAAAUAUUUUAUUAUGUUUCCUGAUAUUUUAGCACUAUUUUGAUAGUUUUACUCUGAAUAUAAGAAAAUUAUAUUCUUUUGUAAUGUAAAAAACUGUUGACACACCAAAAGAUUUUGUAAUAGGAAUUCACUCUGGAGUGAAAUCACUCUGGAGAAUGGGCUUGGUGUACCAAUUUGCCGUAUCAGUGUGCUGUUUGGAGUCCCAGCUGCUUCACUUCUGAGUCAGCUCCCUGUUAAUGUGUCUGGGGAGGCAAGAGAAAGUGGCCCAUGUGCUUGUGACCCUGCCACCCAGAAGAAAGUUUCAGGCUCCUAGCUUUGCCUGGUGUAGCGCUGGCUGUUGUGACCAUUUGGGGAAUGAACCACAUAUUGGAAGAUCCCUUUCUGUCUCUACCUCUCUCCCUCCUUUCUUUCUCUGUCUUGGUGUCCCUACUUGGGACAGACAUUUGUCCUAGUGGCUAAGCACUGAUUGAAAUGUCUGUAUCCUACAUCAGAGUGCCUGGAGCCAAUGCUGGACUUCUCAGCCAUAAGGGCAUUUGGGGAGUGAAAUAAUAGAUGAAAGUGCUCUCUCCCUCUCUCUGUGUGUAUCUGCAUCUCAAAUAAAUAAAUGAAAGUUCUGAAACCACUAACCUCUACCUUACAGUCUUAAAUGUGUGAAUCUACUGUGCGACUGAGGUAAGGUGCUUACGGAACAACUGACCAAUGGUGAUUGUGUCAUGCUGCUCGCAGACUCCUCUUUGUUAUUUUUUAAUCAUCUUCAUUUUUUAAAUAAAGCGUCCUGAAGGAUCAGUAGAUGAAAUGUUAGUCUUUUAUAAAUGAGGCCAAGUACAGUUGAUUUCUUUUUUCUAACAUUUUAUUAGCACCCAAGAUAUAUUUUUCAGUGGCUCAUUCUGUUCCUUCCACUUGCUUUUCAACAUUUAGAAUGCCAGAAACAUUUUGUAUUGUUCAGUGUCCUUCACAGACAUUAUGCAGGGUUCAUUUCUUCAGCUAAGUAGUAUUUUGCUAAACAUUCGAAAGUACAUGAACAGUAUGUGCCAGUCAGAUGGGAAACAGUCUAGUCCUGAUAAGCGAACAGAAACAUUUUUUUGUGUGUAACAUACCUUAAGCUAUUAAGGAUUUUCUUAUUUUUGUUUCUCAUUCUUUCUUAUUGCUUGAAAAUGUUUUUCUGAUGUUUUUGAUUGUCUACUAAGGUGUAAAAAGAAAAUUAUCAUGUACUGUAUGGAAAAUGUUGUACAUAUUAAUUUUUCCACAUUUUUAAACAGAUAACUUUGUACACAAAAACUUUGUUUAGUGAGAGCUUUUCAUUAAUAAAACUGUCUUUGUGUAAGAGA